UCUCCCGCCAUCAAUCAACCCCCCUUCACGCGCGAUCAUCACCAUGGCCGACGUCGCUCAAUCUCCCGUCCCUCUGGACACCAUCCCCGUCUCGCCCGAGGGUGGUAAUGCCGCCUCAGACUCUACUCCCUCCACCAACUCCGGCGAGGUUGUCACCGUCUUCCACGAUCCAGAGAACUUCAACGUCAAGCACCCUCUCGCCCACACCUGGACUCUCUGGUUCACAAAGCCCCCAAGUGGAAAGCAAGACUGGAAUGAGCUGUUGAAGGAGGUCAUCAGCUUCAACUCUGUCGAGGAGUUCUGGGGCAUCUACAACAACAUCACUCCCUCGUCCGAGCUCGCCCCCAAGUCCGACUACCAUCUCUUCAAGCACGGCGUCCGCCCCGAGUGGGAAGACCCUCAAAACAAGCACGGUGGCCGUUGGUCCUACACCUUCAAGCAGCGCCAGGCCAACGACGACAUCUGGCUUCACGUCCUGCUUGCCGCCAUCGGUGAACAGCUCGAGGAUGACAACGACAACGAGGUCAUGGGUGUCGUCAUCAACAUCCGCAAGGCCUUCUACCGUAUCGGUCUCUGGACCCGCUCCGCCGGCACAAAGGCCAACCCCACCAAACAGGGCCAGCCCCAGCGCACUCCCCAGGAGUCGCAACAGAUCCUCAUGAAGAUCGGCAACAACUUCAAGACCGUCCUCUCCGUCCAGGACAAGGAGCCCGUCGAGUUCAUGGGUCACUCCGACUCUGCCAACGCCGGUUCCACUCGCGCCAAGGCAAAGUACUCCGUCUAGGCUGCUCCUCCAACCAUCUCUCUGUCAAACUUGCAUUUUUCAGCGGACUCGGGAUCAUCAAAAGAAACCAAAAGGGCGUUCACGGCGUUGAUAACUUUCUUCAGACCAUGCAGGUCGCUGUACCGCUUUUACACACCAUGACAUUUAUGGGGGCAUGACUUUUUUCUUUUCUUUUCGUCUUCUUCAAUACCAAUACACACAACAGGGGGAGAAAGCAGGGACGGGCAGUCUAGGAGGUUGAGCAAGUGGCCCUCUGUUCUAACGACGUCCGUCUGGUUUUUAUGACGCGUAGAACCUGGCACGGUUAUGGGGCAUGGAGGAUUAACGUAGAGAUUGGUUGAUACCACGAAUAUGAAACAUC